ACAUGGCGUUCGCCUGUCAACAGAAUAGUUACUUAAAAGAGUUGACCACCAAAGUGACAUCAUGUACUCCGGCAGAACUGAAACUUGUUAUCAAUGGUAAAAAGCAAACUGUCAAAGGCUAUGAGAUCAUCACAGAGGAUACUGUGCUUUUUCCAGAGGGUGGUGGACAGCCCGAUGACAGAGGAACGAUGAAUGACAUUGAAGUCUUGAGAAUCACCAGAAGAGGUGCAGAUGCAGUCCUGUUUGUUGAGACGCCAAUAGAACCAGGCACUGAGGUCCUUCAGAAGGUAGACUGGAUAAGGCGGUUUGAUCACAUGCAGCAACAUUCAGCUCAGCAUCUUGUUACAGCCAUAGCUGAGGCUAAGUAUGGUUGGCCAACAACGUCUUGGGAUCUUGGCCGAGAGAAAUCCUCCAUUGAGAUGGACUGGCCCAAGAUCAACAUAGAAGACCUCCAGGUUCUUGAGAGUGAAGUCAAUGAGGCAAUUCGCAAGCAGCUAGCAAUGACGCCAAGGCUGGUUGAAUUAGGAUCACACGACCUUGAUUGGGUACGUACUAGAGGACUACCAGAUGAUCAUGUUGGUCAAGUACGAAUAGUCGAGAUAGAGGGAAUUGAAGCUAAUCUGUGCUGUGGGACUCACGUCUCAAACUUGAGUCACUUACAGUCGAUAAAGCUUCUCGGAGCAGAAAAGGGAAAGAAGAAUAAGACCAAUGUGUACUUUCUGGCUGGCAAUAGAGUUCUAAGCUACCUCAGCAAAUGCCUGGCUAAUGAGAAACUACUUACAGGGCACCUCAAAUGCGGACCAGAGGAUCAUCCACAGGCCACAGAGAAGAUUCAAAAAUCUUUAAAAGUAGCAAAUAAGAAUACUACAAUGUUAUUGCGAGAUUUGGCAGUUCUAGAAGCCCAUCGCUAUAACAACCAGGUCAACAAAGAUCCAAUCUUCGUUCUUCAUCGGAAGGAAGGGGACUCAGAAUUUCUCAACAUGGUGGCAAAUGAAAUCAAUUUACAGGGUACUCUAGCUUUACUUACUGCUGGAGAUGAGAAGGGUGUUGGUCUUUUCUUGGUUGCUGGGCCAGAUGAUAUCAUCAAGGAGGUUGGGCCCAAGGUUGCAGAGUUGCUUGAAGGAAAGGGAGCAUGCAAGAACGGACGAUUUCAAGGCAAGGCCAACAAGAUGAGUAAAAGAACCAUUGCUGAGGAAACAUUACGUCAAUACACUGAGAAACUUGCCUCCAGUUAAACUGAUGUCAAAAAGUCAGACAAAACUCUAUCAUGAAAUCUAAAAACAAAUUUCCUUCAACCUUUGAUAAGCUGAAGAACUGAAGAACAGCCUGGACAAGGUUUUUACAAUUUUAUUUGAUUUAAACCAAAUUAUAAGGCCAGACGGUGACUUCGAGAUGAGAGCUACACUCAUUUUGGCUGUGGAUCCAAAUCAACUGCCACCAGGGACACAUUGCCACCUACUCCUGGGGCUGAAACGGUAGUCCGUAAGGACGUUGACAUGAGUAUCAUCCACUUGGAGCCUGGCUGGUAGAGCAGAGCAGCGCUACACCUGGUCGACAUUGCCGGAAAAAUGCAAGAAAAAAACUACU